AUGAUUGAAUCCACGAUGAGCGGCGCUCCGGUCGCCGAAGAUAAUAUUAUCAACCGGCGUGGUGGAGAGUCUAUCUACCAGAGCUGUGUCAAUCUGAAACGGAGACUAUCGGAAGUUCCCGACUUUGAGCCGUACCUGCAAGAAAUGGAUGAACAUGACGCUGAAAGGGGAAACACAGAUCCGGUGGCCUCUUUGUGGAACUGCCUCCGGAAUGGCUAUCCGCUGCUAAGCAUUUAUAACGCAUCUGGUCCCGAUGAUAGACUGGAAAUCGACCCGGGCAAGGUCACGGAGGCAAAGCGUCCCAAAGCGGCAACUUUCAAGUUCCUACAGGCCUGUCUACAGGAUCUGGCUUUUCCUCAACAAGAUUGCUUCCUGAUCACUGAUCUUUAUGGUGAAAGUACAACGGGGUUCAUUAAAGUGAUCAAGAUGGUUAACCGCGUCGUGGACAUUCUUGAGAUGCAAGGCCAAUUGAAGCAAUCCGAAGUUACAGAGACACCCACUGGGGCGAAGGCCCAUGUGAAGCUUACCAAACGGGAGCAUAUUCUCAAGGAGCUUUUGGAAACGGAGCGUGACUAUGUUCAUCACCUGCAAAAUCUCCAAGCGCUUAAGAAAGAAUUGGAGGAGACAGGUGCCUUGACGGGUGACGCUAGCCAUCAGAUUUUCCUCAAUCUGAAUAACCUGCUGGAUUUUGCUCAGCGAUUCUUGAUUCGCAUGGAACAACACUAUGCUCUGCCCGAAGAAUCGCAGAACUGGGGUCAACUAUUCUUCACGCAUGAAGACGGCCUCCGACAGUAUGAACCGUUUAUUGCCAACCAGAUGCGUUGCGACGAAGUCUGCCUGCAAGAGUGGGAUAAAAUAAAGAAUGCGCCUCGCCCUUCGGACCUGCAACAAAUGGUUGCACAGCCAAAAACACUCAACGGAUUCUUCGUGAAACCUUUCCAGCGCUUGACUCGAUACCCGCUUAUGCUCCUGGAGCUACGCAAGCAAUUAGAAGAUGUCCAGCUGCAGGCGGAUAUCACUCAUGCAAUUGACUGCAUUCAACAACUGCUUGACUAUGCUAAUGAGGCCAUUCACAAAGAACAUCUUGCCGCGGCAGUAGUCGAUCUUUCUGAGCGAGUGGAUGACUGGAAGGCUCUGAAGAUGGAUACAUUUGGAACACUUCUUCGGUUUGGCACAUUCCAGGUUGUGAAAGGAGACAGUGGCAAGGAUAAUGAAAGAGAGUACCAUAUCUAUCUCUUCGAGCGGAUUUUGCUGUGCUGCAAAGACAUUAACCCCAACAAGCAAAAGACAAAGCUCAUGAUGCAAAAAGAAAAGCCAUCUUUGAACGCGAAAGGCAAGGCUCGUCUUCAGCUGAAGGGUCGAAUUUACAUGGCCAAUGUCACAGAUAUUGUCUGCCUUCAAAAGCCUGGACUUUAUCGGAUUCAAAUCUUCUGGAAGGGAGACCCGGGCGUGGUUGAUAAUUUCAUCAUCCGUUAUGUCAAUGAAGAUACCAUGCGUAAUUGGUAUAAGGACAUUGACACCCAGCGGGCGAUUCAAGCGGAGCGACGUACUUUGCGCAACACGGGUACAUCUGACAGCGAGUUUACCUACAUGGAAGGCAUGGGAAAUAUGCCCAACCCCUACCAGCAGGAGUACGAUACAAACGAUGACCCCAGCAAAGACCAGUUCUACUCCGAAUUCUCCAUGAGCCGGAAUGCAUCCAGCACUAGUCUUCGGACUCGGUCUGCCACUGGUGGCAGUACAAGCUCUGUUCCUCAUCCCAACGGCCGACCGCGUUAUGCGGGCACCGAUCCAACGCUCUCCGUGCACACUCAGUUCUCUGGAAACGGGAGCAUGUCACCCGGCGAUCGAAACGGAAACUCCUACUUCUCCCCCACAGAGACUCCAUCCACGCGGUCAAGUUCUCAAUCUGGAUUCUCCUUUGGUCGCCAGAACACCAACUCCACCAAUACAUCUAUGGUUUGGAACGAGGAGUCCAAUCGAUACACAGCACCGGCGUUGUCUCGUGUGGCUUCGCGCGAGGGUUCAACGUCUGGGGGAUAUUUCCCCCCGCAGGCUAACGGCCGAGGUGCUCAACGUCCCUCUUUGCCUCCGCUCACGGGCCCUCAGGCCGCCCAUGCUGCCAAUGGCAUGGCUCAACGCAUGCGAUCGGCCAGUAGCCCUGAUAUUCACCACCACAACAACGGUUCUUCCGAGUCUCGUCGCUACAUGGGGGUUCAUACUAUGCAAACUGUCGACAACGUUCCGGUUCCCCCGAUCCCCGCCCACAUGGCCAACAUGAAAGCGCCUAUCAACCGUAGCCAGAACAAUUCGCCCACCAGCCAACUUCCUCUUCGGACUCAGCCCUCUCUCCACACCACGCAUUUCAACGAUCCCGAGUACAACGACUCUCGCCACUCUGGGCAGCUUUCGGACCAUGCCACUUCUCCCUUGACCCAAGAGCCCGAGGGCGGAGACCAAUACAUGCCGACCCAACUCAAAGCGAAGGUCAACUUCGAGGAUAACUAUGUUACGUUGGUGAUUGCAACCAACAUCUUGUUCCGCUCCUUGACGGACCGCGUGGACGCCAAGUUGGCUCGAUUCACCGAUCGAUCUAUUGGGAACAAGACCGUGCGUCUGCGCUAUCGUGACGAGGAUGGUGAUUUCGUAACGAUCGACAGUGACGAGGCCGUUCAGCUUGCAUUUAUGGAAUGGAAAGAGCAACAUCGGGACAUGCUUGCCAAGGGCUUGGUUGGGGAGAUUCAACUCUACUGUCAAGUCGUUGACUAG